GUUUCGAUGUUAGAAGUUAUUGAGCUUCUUCUGGCCAUCGUCUCUGGUAUUGAAAAGUCUUAUAUAGGUGAAUGGCAGCUAGGAGGGAGCUGCCUUGUAACCAGUGCACAGGGACUACCACUACUCUUCAAAAACUUGAAGGUUUUGCUAGCCGAUUGUUUCAUAGACAGACUAAGGGUACAGCCCAUGAUCUGAAAACAGCUCUGGAAAAUGACAGCCUUCAUUUCUCUGAGUACACUGCCUUAUGGGACAGAUCAAUGAGAGACUUCCUGUCCAAGGCCAAGGAAGAAUUCUUGAGGAAAUGGGAAAAUCCUACCCAGAAUACUGCUGUACUGGAUGACUUUGAGAGAAAGAAAACCCUUGGAACUGGAUCAUUUGGACGUGUCAUGCUUGUGAAACACAAGGCCACCGAACAGUACUAUGCUAUGAAAAUCCUUGAUAAGCAGAAGGUUGUUAAGCUGAAGCAGAUUGAGCAUACUUUGAAUGAGAAAAGGAUCCUGCAGGCUGUGAAUUUCCCUUUCCUGGUCAAGCUGGAAUAUGCUUUCAAGGAUAAUUCUAACCUGUACAUGGUUAUGGAAUAUGUGCCCGGUGGGGAGAUGUUUUCCCACCUGAGAAAAAUUGGCCGAUUCAGCGAGCCCCAUGCCCGCUUCUACGCCUCCCAGAUUGUCCUGACUUUUGAGUAUCUUCAUGCUCUUGACCUGGUCUACCGUGACCUGAAGCCUGAAAACCUUCUGAUUGACAAAUAUGGAUACAUCCUGGUCACUGACUUUGGAUUUGCCAAAAGGGUGAAGGGCAGAACCUGGACCCUUUGUGGAACCCCUGAAUACCUGGCUCCUGAGAUCAUCCUCAGCAAGGGAUACAACAAGGCUGUGGACUGGUGGGCCCUGGGAGUGCUGAUCUAUGAGAUGACUGCUGGUUAUCCCCCUUUCUUUGCUGACCAGCCCAUUCAGAUCUACGAAAAGAUCAUUUCUGGAAAGGUCCGUUUCCCCUCCCACUUCAGCUCCGAACUCAAGGACCUCCUGAGGAACCUGCUCCAGGUUGACCUGACCAAACGUUUCGGGAACCUGAAGAAUGGUGUCGGUGACAUCAAGCACCACCGCUGGUUUUCUGCCAUUGACUGGAUUGCCGUUUUUCAGAGAAAAGUGGAAGCUCCGUUUGUCCCCCGCUACCGAGGCGCUGGCGAUACCAGCAACUUCGAUGAUUAUGAAGAAGAGGACAUCCGUGUUUCUCUUACCAGAAAUGUGCAAAGGAAUUUGCCGAUUUUUAGAGUGAGUCGAGCAGAUCUCACCACUUUGCACCGUGUUAUGAGAAAAGGCGAAGCUGAAUAUCAUCAUGUAACAAAAGUGAUACUAUCUCGUUCCUUCAUUCCACACACCUAAGUGAAGUCAUCAUCAUGCGUGCAAUCAUGAAAACCCAGAUUACUUAGGCACAGGGCCGGCCAAGGGUAUUAUUUUUCCUUUGCCCCCCCCCCUUCUUUUGUCCUUCUCUUUGGAUUCUAUAAUUUUACUCCUUCCCUUUUCAAAUUACAAAGUUCCGCCCUCUUCUCCCCCCCCCACCCCGCAGUAAUGACCUAUUUUAUUUUGAUCAGUUUGGUGUUCAGAAAUGGGAGAUGGUACAGCUAGCAGUAUUUUGAUGGAAGAAAAGGAGAGAGAGAAGUAUUUCUUCAUAUCUGAACCAGUCAGUCCCUUUUAUCUAUAAUCCCAAGAUAUGGUUUCUAAUGAUUAUAUUAAUUUUUUUUAUCUUUCCUAAUUCAAACUAUCCCAAAUUAUUGGCGAUUUCAAAAGACAAAAUUUCCCAAUGUUAAGUAAAUUUUUGCAAAAUUAACCUAAAACAAAACAAAACAAAGCAAAACAAACAAACAAACAAACAAAAUGAUCCUUCUGGAAACUAAAACUAAAUUAGGCAAUAAAUUGGCAUCAAGUCAGGGGUGGCCGGUCCCUGUGCCUUGGUUUUCUGUGAUCAGUAAAUUCUUUCAUCUCUGCCUUCUGUUGUAAUUCUUGCGUGUGCGUUGUUCUGUAAAUUAUGAGUACCCUGCGCAAUGGGAAGCAUGUGAUCUCAUGCAGCAGGAGAAUUUCUUAAUGGUCUUGACUGUAAACCAGUUUCAUUCAUAUAGGUAACAGCAUCGCCUGUCUAUAUUCAAUAUAAUUAAUGGUUUCAGUAUUGUAAACAGCGCAUGAGUAUUUAAGUGAUUAUUGUCGAGGGUCAUAAAAAUAAUCCCUCACUUUAAACCUUUUCGCUUUUAAAAAGGAAAAAUUUGCUUCAUUGUAAAAGGGCAUCUGUGUGGUGAGAAUGCUUGGCCCUGCUAGGAGAAAAAAAAUAUAUAUAUAGUUAAUUAAGUGGCUUCGCUAUUGCAAUUUGUAUUUAUGAAUGCACUGCUAGCUGCUUGCGGCUAUUUAUUUUUUGUUUUUAGUGAUUUUGACUUAGAGCAUUUUUGCCAUGUUUUUUUUUUUUUUCUGGUGUACUUAUAUUAGUAAGCUGAAGAUUGAGUACUGCAUCAAUCAUUUUCAAUUUGAUAUAACAAGGAAAGGAGAAACAAUGUCUACCAAAACUGCCACAAUUUAAUUUAAUUUUAAAGGUGCGCUCUUUUUCUUUUCCAAACAAAAUCCUCUCUUAAGUUUGUAAUCAAUUUUUAGUUUCCGGUGAGCCAGAAGUUACGAUCACGUAACUGCAGCAUAAUUUUAAGCUUUUGGGCGUAGUGAUGUUUUGUACAUUCUCACCAAAUGACUUAUUAAUUAAAAUCAUGCUGCCAAGUGCUGGCUUUGGGCGCUCUUUUUUCUUUUCCGAUUUUCCAAAAUUCUACGGCUCAGCACAUUUUUUUUUUUCCUUUCAAACAUCCAUCUGGUACUCGUUUUUACACUUCUGGAUCUUUCAGUGACCUAUCUUCACACAGCACACCUUCACAGUUUAGGAUUCUGGGGCAUAAUUGCAGAUCAAUAUCACAACACAAACUUCACAGGAUGAUCGUUUUUACAAAAAAAUGAUCUUUAUUGAUAUACAACCGCUAUAUCUACUCCAAGGUUUCAUAGGUCACUGAAAUGAUUUCCUUUUAAUCUGCUUACUACUCCUUUCUGAAAAAAAAAAAGACCGUUUAUACUCAUUUUAAAAUUAUAUUUGAAAGGUACUCUUUCUCCAGCUUCCAAUAUAACACCAGAUCCUGGAGCAUCUUAGUACCAGCAAUGUUGCUAAGAUGCUGACACCGAUUUUCAGUAUUGGUAUACUCAUUUUCACCCAUGUGCAAGAUAAGUGUUAAAUAAUUUGCUGUAUCAGAAUUUAAGUAAAAAAGAUUUACCAUCCCAUCAACAAAUUUGAAAAUUAUUUGUAAGAAAAGGUUUAAAUUUUUUGUAUUUCAUUUAGCUCCAGAACAUGCUUUGUUGUACGCUAGCUGUAUGCGAUAAAAUAUAUAGUAACUUUGAUGUUGUUUAAAGUUUUAAAUAAAUGCUAUCUAUGUAUCGCAA